CUUGGACUGCAGCAGAAAAAUCCGCUGCAUCGCACAAGAGCAGAAAGCAGAGAUCUGGAUGCGAUGCUUAAAUCCGUGUAAGUGAGGAGAAAAACCAGACUUACCGGACUCGCUGCGAUGCUUUCAGGGUUCCCUGUAAACUACUCCCUGUACUGAGUUCUGACAGGACCGAAGAGUUUCCAUCCAAUUAAACUAGAAAGGACUAUUUAACCAUAAGUUACCUGGCAACUGGUUCCCAUCCUAAAAAGAGUACCAGUAAGAAAACAUACAUUUUUAAUUUGCUGUACAUUGUGCAAUAAAAAAGUGAUAAAACGGAAAUAAGACAUUUAGUGCCAACUCUCUGCAAAGAUGGAUGAAGCACCUAACAACAGGACUUCCUUGGUCAAAGGUGCCAAGGACAUCGCAAAGGAAGCCAAGAGGCACGCUGCCAAAAAUUUCAGCAAAGCUGUUGAUCAUGCCUCUGAUGAAUACUCAGCCCAACGGAGCUACAAUCGCUUCCAAAAUGAGGAUGAGGACAACUACAAUGCUUACACUCAGCCAGAUGGUCAAUAUGGUGACAAUGCAGCCAAUGAUGAAGACGGGGCAUCCAGUGAUGCAACUGAGGGUCACGAUGACGAAGAUGAGGUCUAUGAGGGAGAGUAUCAAGGUGUACCAGCCUACAACGAAGGGAAACCCCGCGAUGGGCAGGUGGCGCUUGGCCAGCCGGUUUCAGACAGCCUCAAGAGUCAAAAGGAACUUGAAAAUGAGAGGUUGGCAGAUGAAGAGGAAUUGGCUCAGCAGUAUGAGCUGAUCAUGCAGGACUGCGGCCACGGGAGGUUCCAGUGGCAACUCUUCUUUGUUCUCGGACUGGCGCUCAUGUCUGAUGGUGUGGAAGUGUUUGUAGUGGGGUUCGUCCUGCCUAGUGCGGAGACGGACAUGUGUGUCCCAAACUCUGGCGCCGGAUGGCUCGGCAGCAUUGUGUAUCUGGGGAUGAUGUUCGGAGCGUUUUUUUGGGGUGGUCUGUCAGACAAAGUGGGCCGUAAACAGUGCCUGCUCAUAUCCAUGUCCGUCAACGGCUUCUUUGCUUUCCUCUCCUCCUUUGUUCAAGGCUACAGUAUGUUCCUCUUCUGCCGCAUGGUGUCUGGCUUUGGAAUUGGUGGGGCGGUGCCGAUAGUAUUCUCCUACUUUGCCGAGGUCCUGGCCAGAGAGAAGAGAGGAGAGCACCUGAGCUGGCUUUGCAUGUUCUGGAUGAUCGGAGGAAUUUAUGCCUCAGCUAUGGCCUGGGCCAUCAUCCCUCACUAUGGGUGGAGUUUCAGCAUGGGAUCAGCCUACCAGUUCCACAGCUGGAGAGUGUUUGUGGUGGUCUGUGCACUGCCUUGCGUCUCUGCAGUAGUAGCUCUCACUUUUAUGCCUGAGAGCCCCCGCUUCUUCCUGGAGACGGGUAAACACGACGAGGCAUGGAUGGUCCUCAAACACAUCCAUGACACCAACAUGCGUGCCCGAGGAGAGCCUGAGAGGGUCUUCACUGUGAACCGGAUAAAAAUCCCCAAACAGCUGGACGAGCUGGUGGAGAUGCAGAACGAGUCAGCAAACCCUGUGCUUAAGGUCCUCUUCAAGAUGAAGACAGAGCUCAGAGGAAUCUGGUUGACGUUUAUGAGAUGUUUCGACUACCCAGUGAAAGAAAACACCAUGAAACUGGCAGCGGUGUGGUUUACGUUGUCAUUUGGGUUUUAUGGACUGUCUGUGUGGUUCCCUGAUGUCAUCAAACACCUUCAGGCUGAUGAGUAUGCCUCCAGGGUGAAGAUUCACAACAAUGAGCGCAUUGAAGACUUCACAUUCAACUUUACCCUGGAGAACCAGAUCCACAGAUAUGGAGUCUUUCUGAAUGACAGGUUCAUCGCCAUGAAGUUCAAGGCAGUCACAUUUAUAGACUCUUCUUUUGUCAACUGCUAUUUCGAAGAUGUGUCUUCAGUAGGAUCCUCCUUUAAAAACUGCACAUUUGUGGACUCUUUCUUUUACAACACCGAUAUUGACGAUGCCAAGUUGACCAACUCAAGAGUGAUCAACAGCUCUUUCCACCACAACAAGACUGGCUGCCAGAUGACAUUUGACGAUGACUACAGCGCCUACUGGGUCUACUUCGUCAACUUCUUGGGAACGCUGGCUGUGUUGCCAGGAAAUAUUGUCUCUGCUCUCCUCAUGGACAAGAUUGGACGCCUUAGCAUGUUGGGAGGUUCCAUGGUUCUAUCGGGUAUCAGCUGCUUCUUCCUUUGGUUCGGCACCUCUGAGUCAAUGAUGAUCUUCAUGCUCUGCCUCUACAACGGUCUCAGCAUCUCUGCGUGGAACUCCUUAGAUGUAGUCACCACUGAGUUAUACCCUACAGAUAGGAGGGGCACCGGGUUUGGCUUCUGUAACGCCAUAUGUAAGCUGGCAGCAGUGCUUGGAAACCUGAUUUUUGGCUCACUGGUUGGCAUCACCAAAGCUAUCCCUAUUCUCCUGGCAUCCUCUGUUUUGGUUUGCGGCGGACUGGUGGGCCUUCGACUACCAGACACACGUUCCAACGUCCUCAUGUGAAGUCAGCCAAACAAACUGGGUUUACCGGGUUUUUACUCAGUGUACCGAGCUUUCAUUUUUCGAGCUGAUGUUUAUUUUGAAUAUCGCUAAACCAGUCGUUGCUGCCAUUGUCAAAAUGUGUUUCAUCCAAGAAAAAAACAAACAAAGCUUAAUAUCAUGACGAAAUAAAUACACUGCAGGCAACU